AUUUGAUAGGAUGAGGGGAAACCUGCAACGCUGAAGAUGUGUCUCCUUUCUGUGCAUGUUCAUACUUAAUGAUAGCUCAAGUCUAUGGAAUAUUCGAGGUGAAAAUACAAGUGUAAACCCUGGCGUUUACAGAAGAUGAAAGACAUCGACAUAGGAAAAGAGUACGUUAUACCCAGUCCUGGGUAUAGAAGUGUGAGGGAGAGAGCCAACUCGGUGCAGCAUGAAGAGCAAGAAGGGUCAAAAUUUCAGCAUGCUAAACAUAAGAUUGAAUGCCAGGAUGCCUUGGAAGCAGCUGCUCGGGCAGAGGGUCUGCCACUGGACACCUCUGUGCACUCCCAGCUGAGAAUGCUGGAUGAAGAGCAUCACAAGGGCAAAUACCACCAUGGCCUGAAUGUGCUGAAACCCAUACGGACUACUUCCAAACACCAGCACCCUGUUGAUAAUGCUGGGCUUUUCUCCUGCAUGACCUUCUCGUGGCUCACUCCUUUGGCCCAGAGAGCGUACAAGAAAGGCGAAUUGUUUAUGGGUGAUGUGUGGUCUUUAUCAAGGCAUGAGUCUUCAGACGUCAAUUGUAGAAGGCUGGAGAGAUUGUGGCAGGAAGAACUGAAAGAAAGUGGGCCCGAUGAUGCCUCUCUCCGGAGGGUCGUGUGGAUUUUUUGCCGCACCAGGCUCAUCAUUUCCAUAGUGUGUCUGAUGAUCACGCAGCUCGCGGGUUUCAGUGGACCAGCGUUCGUUGUGAAACAUCUUUUGGAAUAUACCCAACAGAGUGAGUCCAACCUGCAGUACAGCUUGUUUUUAGUUUUUGGCAUCUUUAUGACGGAAAUAGUGCGCUCUUGGUCCCUGGCGCUAACCUGGGCUUUGAAUUACCGCACGGGGGUUAGACUGCGUGGAGCUAUCUUGACAAUGGCAUUCAAGAAAAUUCUUAAGCUGAAGAACAUCAAGGAGAAGUCUCUUGGAGAGCUCAUAAAUGUAUGUUCCAAUGAUGGUCAAAGGAUGUUUGAAGCUGCAGCAGUUGGCAGUUUGUUGGCUGGGGGCCCUAUUGUGGCCAUCUUAGGAAUGGUUUAUAAUGUUAUUAUUCUGGGUCCAACAGGCUUCUUGGGCUCUGCUGUCUUCAUCCUUUUCUACCCAGCAAUGAUGUUUGUAUCGCGCCUCACAGCUUACUUCAGAAGAAAAUGUGUAUCAACAACAGAUGAGCGUGUGCAGAAGAUGAAUGAAGUUCUUAAUUACAUUAAGUUCAUUAAAAUGUAUGCCUGGGUCAAACCAUUUUCUCAGAAUGUUCAAAAAAUUCGUGAGGAAGAACGUAAAAUCUUAGAGCGUGCGGGCUACUUCCAGAGCAUCACUGUAGGCGUGGCUCCCAUAGUUGUAGUCAUUGCCAGCGUGGUUACCUUUUCUGUCCAUAUGAUCCUUGGCUACGAUCUUACAGCAGCUCAGGCAUUCACAGUGGUCACUGUCUUCAAUUCAAUGACUUUUGCUCUAAAAGUAACACCUUUCUCAGUGAAGUCUCUAUCUGAGGCAUCUGUUUCUGUUGACAGAUUUAAGAGUUUAUUUCUAAUGGAAGAGGUUCAUAUGAUAAAGAAAAAACCAGCCAAUCCUCACACCGCGAUAGAGGUGAAAAAUGCUACCUUGGCUUGGGACUUCUCCCACGCCAGCGUCCAGAGCUCACCAAAGUUGACCCCCAAAGUGAAAAAAGACAAGAAAGUCACCAAGGGCAAGAAAGAGAAAAUGAAGCUGCAGAAUGAGGGACAGCAAGCUGUGCUGGCAGAGCAGAAGGGCCAUCUUCUAGUGGACAAUGAUGACCAUCCUAGCCCCGAAGAGGAGAACAAAAUCAUCCACCUGGUUAACCUUCGGCUUCAGAGGACUCUCUACAACAUUGACUUGGAGAUAGAAAAGGGAAAACUUGUUGGAAUUUGUGGCAGUGUGGGGAGUGGAAAAACUUCACUUAUCUCAGCAAUUUUAGGACAGAUGACCCUGUUGGAGGGUAGCAUUGCAGUAAGUGGAACAUUUGCAUAUGUGGCCCAGCAGGCCUGGAUUCUCAAUGCUACGCUUCGGGACAACAUUCUUUUUGGCAAGGAAUACGACGAAGAAAGAUACAAUACGGUGUUGAAUGGUUGCUGUCUAAGGCCUGACCUAGCCAUCCUUCCAAAUGGGGACCUGACAGAGAUUGGUGAACGAGGGGCUAAUCUGAGUGGAGGACAGCGUCAGAGAAUCAGUCUGGCUCGAGCCCUGUACAGUGACAGGAGCAUUUACAUCCUCGAUGAUCCCCUUAGUGCCUUAGAUGCUCAUGUUGGAAAUCACAUUUUUAACAGUGCAAUAAGGAAGCACCUGAAGUCAAAGACUGUCCUUUUCAUCACUCAUCAGCUUCAGUAUCUUGUUGACUGUGAUGAAGUGAUCUUCAUGAAAGAAGGCUGCAUUACUGAGCGAGGAAGUCAUGAGGAACUGAUGAAUUUAAAUGGGGACUAUGCAACUAUUUUUAAUAACCUACAGCUGGGAGAAACACCACAUAUUGAGAUUAAUAUAAAGAAGAACACAAACAGUUCACUGAAAAGACCCCAGGAUAAAAGUACCAAAACAGGGUCUGUGAAGAAGGAGAAAGUUGUAAAGAAGGAAGAGGGCCAGUUGGUCCAGUUGGAAGAGAAAGGCAAGGGCUCUGUCCCCUGGUCUGUUUACGGUAUCUACAUUCAGGCAGCUGGAGGCCCCUUUGCAUUCCUUGUCAUCAUGGCACUGUUUGUGCUGAAUGUGGGCAGUACAGCUUUUAGCAACUGGUGGCUGAGCUUCUGGAUCAAGCAAGGCAGUGGAAACACCACUGUGACUUUGGGAAAUGAUACUGUCAUAAGCAACAGUAUGAAAGAUAACCCUCACAUGCAUUACUAUGCUGGCAUCUAUGCACUGUCUAUGGUGGUUAUGUUGAUCCUGAAAGCUGUUCGUGGUGUUGUCUUUGUAAAGGGAACUCUCAGAGCAUCCUCAAGGCUCCAUGAUGAGCUCUUCUUUUGGAAGUUCUUUGACACUACACCCACCGGGCGAAUUCUCAACAGGUUUUCCAAAGACAUGGAUGAAGUUGAUGUUCGUUUGCCGUUUCAAGCAGAAAUGUUUAUCCAGAAUGUCAUCCUUGUGUUCUUCUGUGUGGGGGUGAUUUCUGGGGUUUUCCCCUGGUUCCUGGUGGCAGUGGGGCCCCUCAUUGUCCUCUUCACAGUUCUGCAUGUUGUGUCUAGAGUAUUUAUUCGAGAGCUCAAGCGCCUGGACAACAUCACACAGUCUCCAUUCCUGUCUCAUAUUACAUCUAGCAUACAGGGUCUCUCCACAAUCCACGCCUACCACAAAGGACAGGAAUUUCUGCACAGGUAUCAGGAGCUCCUAGAUGACAAUCAAGCACCAUUUUACUUGUUCAGCUGUGCAAUGCGCUGGCUAGCUGUACGGCUGGACAUUAUCAGCAUUGCUCUUAUCACAACCACUGGCCUUAUGAUUGUCUUAAUGCAUGGCCAGAUUCCUCCUGCCUAUGCUGGGCUGGCUAUCUCAUAUGCUGUGCAGUUAACAGGCUUAUUCCAGUUUACAGUCAGACUUGCUUCAGAGACAGAAGCUCGCUUCACCUCAGUGGAGAGGAUUGAUCACUAUAUCAAGACACUUUCCCUGGAAGCUCCUGCUCGAAUUAAGAAUAAAACCCCUCCUCUGGACUGGCCACAGGAAGGUGAAGUUGUUUUUGAAAAUGCAGAGAUGCGGUACCGGGAGAACCUCCCUCUAGUGCUUAAAAAAGUGUCCUUUACUAUCAAACCGAAGGAGAAGAUUGGCAUUGUGGGAAGGACAGGUUCAGGGAAGUCUUCCCUUGGAAUGGCACUCUUCCGUCUGGUUGAACUGUCUGGAGGCUGCAUUAAAAUUGAUGGCCUGAAGAUAAAUGACAUUGGUUUAGCAGAUCUUCGCAGCAAACUCUCAAUAAUUCCUCAGGAACCUGUGCUAUUCAGUGGCACUGUGAGAUCAAACUUGGAUCCUUUCAAUCAGUACAGUGAGGAACAAAUCUGGGAUGCUUUGGAAAGGACUCACAUGAAGGAGUGUGUUGCCCAGCUGCCUAUGAAACUUGACUCAGAAGUGAUGGAAAAUGGGGAAAACUUUUCAGUUGGAGAGAGACAGUUACUGUGCAUAGCUAGAGCUCUACUGCGCCAUUGCAAGAUUUUGAUACUGGAUGAAGCAACAGCUGCUAUGGACACAGAGACAGAUUUACUGAUUCAGGAGACUAUCAGAGAGGCAUUUGCAGACUGCACUAUGUUAACAAUUGCUCAUCGCCUGCAUACGGUACUGGGCUCUGAUCGUAUCAUGGUGCUAACACAAGGACAGGUAGUGGAAUUUGACACGCCGUCUGCCCUUCUGGCCAAUGAGAACUCGCGCUUCUAUGCUAUGUUUGCUGCUGCGGAGAACAAGGCUGGGAGUUCCUUCCACUUUCCUGAUGCCAGCACUGGCUCUUGCCUGGUCCAGCAGUGACCCAGUUCAGAAAGCUAACUUGCAGAAAGUUCACCCUCCAAAAGCAGGACCGCUGUACAAAGGAGACAGGAAGGCACACCUGGAAGGGAGGUGAAGUGGGGCUGCUCUUUUCAGUAGGUGCUAACUGUAACACUAGCAUGGGUAUGAGGAAACUGCACUCAGGAUUCAUUGCACCGAACUGUUGCUUCCCAGUUACGCUCUCCUAAGAAGGUGAAUACUUUCGUGCCGCUUCAGCGAGUUGAAAUAGUGCAACAAGGUGUCAGACAAGGGCCUGCGAUGGAGCGGGUGAAGAGUCACCUGUGGACAGCAGGGAUUAGCUCAACCAUUUUGUUAAGCCUUAGCUCCAGCAUUGUUACUUCAGGAUUAAGGAGAUAGAACAUUUCCCUCUGGCAGUCUUUCUGCUGUAAUCACUUACCUGUU